CACUCCACCGCUCUUGUUUUUUAUGCGAAUUUGUAACACCUUCAUUACACAAAUUAUAUUCUGACAUCCAAACGGAAAAAAUCCUCAGUAAAAAAAGAUUAACAAGUGAAUAUUGAGUUGGUGCUAGAAAUUAUAUGUUAUGUGUAGAACGUUAUUUAAAUUUCCAAGAGAUAACAACAUGAAGUCUAUAAAAAAAAAAUUUUUUUUCUUAAUCUGUUUGAUCAAAUCAAAUGCAGCCUGGGACUAUAAAGACGUUGAUUCGUGGAAAGACGAAUAUCCAAAAUGUGGUGGUCAGCAACAAUCUCCAAUUAAUCUUGACGAAAUGAUAUUCGAUGAUAUAGGAGAAACAUUAAAGCUUCAAGGCUAUAAUAUUCAACCCGUAAAAAUGACAAUAUUAAACAACGGACAUUCGUUGGACUUGACAUCAGAAUGGGAUGUUUUAUCUGGCCUACCGACCGUCACAGCCCAAGGUAUUAAAUAUGAACUUCAAAUGAUACAUUUUCAUUGGGGUGCGAGUGAUGAUAGUGGAAGUGAACACGUUUAUAAUGAUUUAAAAACACCAUUGGAAAUGCAUAUGGUUCAUUACAAUCCGGAAUUUGGUGAUUUCGAUAGCAAAAAUGGAGACGCAAUCCUUGUCGUUGGAAUAUUAUUCGAAAUAGGAGAGUAUUCAAAUGCUUUGUGGAAAAUAUUAGAGAACGCUUCCAAAGUACAAGAGCCAGAAUCUGCGGAAGUUGAAAUAGAACCAUUUCCAAUUUCAGACUUUUUUGAUGAAAAUUCAUUUAAUUAUUAUAUUUCUUAUACUGGAUCUUUAACAACACCGCCAUGCACUGAAGGUGUUACAUGGAUUGUAUUGAGUCAAACAUUGCAAGUUUCUGCCUCGCAGAUGAAAAUUUUUCGAUCCAUAAAAUUAAACUGUGGUGAUGAUCACAAUAAUCGUUCUCCUCAACCAAUCAAUGAUCGAAAACUGGGCAAAAUGGGCUGUCUGACAUAUUAAGAAAGCUCGGUAGUGCGCUUGAAUAUACUGAUUAACUUUUGUUUUUCACCUGUAACUUAAUAAAUAAAUUUUCGAUUCUGUUGAAA